AUGGCCCCCGCCAUCCAUCUGUUUGGGUUGUUCAUCCCCUGCAUUCUGCCCCUCGGCGCGGCGCAAGGCACGAGUGGCCAUGCCUACCCCUUGUUCGAGUACGAGACCAGAUCCCUGACUAAAGAGGGGCUCGAGGAUUUACUUGCCGAGGCCGGAGUUGUAGACAAUGCGUCUCUCUUUUCGUUUGACGAUGGAGUUGAAGCAAGCCCGGGCGUAGGCAGGCCGGCCUGCAAGGUGUUUCCAGGGGAUUCAGAAUGGCCAUCACAGAGUAUUUGGCACACGUUCGACAAGCUCCUCGGCGGCGCUCUCAUCGAGACGGUACCGGUCGCUGCCCCGUGCUACCAAAACCUGGGUGUUUACGACGCCGAGAGAUGUGCUGCGGUGCGCGAUUCCUUCACGAACCCCUACUUCCAUGAAAGCGAUCCGACUUCCACCUUUUGGCCGCUAUUUCAAGGAAGGACAUGUAUGGUGACGGACGACUCAAACAGCGGGAACUGCACCCAUGGAGGAUUCCCCGUCUACGCUGUGAAUGUUAGCAGCGUGAGCCAAAUCCAGCUGGCCAUCAACUUUGCCCGCAACUCCAACCUGCGGCUAGUCAUUAAGAACACGGGACAUUGCUACCUCGGCAAGAGCAGCGGGGCUGGAGCACUCAGCAUCUGGACGCACAACCUAAAGAACCUCGAGUACCAUUCUGAUCUCAAGAUCCCCGGAUACUCCGGGCCGGCAAUGAAAGUUGGCGCUGGCGUGACUGUGCGGGAGGUGUAUGCAGAGGCUGAUAAGAACGACGUGAGCGCUCUGGGGGGUAUCUGUGAGAGCGUUGGGUAUGCCGGCGGGUACAUUGCCGGUGGCGGACACACCCCUCUUUCCGGGCUCUACGGCAUGGCGGCCGACCACGUCAUGGCGCUCGAAGUCGUCACAGCCGACGGCCACUUCAUCACGGCCUCGCCCGAAGAAAACACCGACCUGUACUGGGCGCUCCGCGGCGGCGGCGGCAGCACCUUCGGCGUGACCGCCUCCGCACCCUGCACAUCCCCCACCACGCCCACCACCACCCUCCACCCCUCUUUCUACGCCGCCUACAACGCCACCUGGGGCAGCGACGUGGCGCUCAACAGCGCGGGGCGCAUCUCCGUCCCGGGCAACCGGCUCCUCCCGCGGCGCAACUGGCUGGACGCGACGCGGUUCAACGCGACCUUCGGCGUGCUGCGGCGGCAGGUGGAGGGCGGGCGCGCGCUGAUGGGCUAUCACCAGGCGCCGGGGCGGCGGGCGGGGGUCGGGGCGGAGAACGCGGUCAACUCGGCGUGGCGCGAGGCGGUGUGUUUUUUGAUCUUGUCCGGGAGGCGGGCGGUGGGGCAUGGGGGGGUGGGGGGUGGGCCGAGCGUGGACGAGGUGCGUGCCGCGUCGUGGGAUUUGAGGGGAGAAUGUGAUUGGGCCGUUGAGGGAGGUCGCGCCGGAGAGUGA